AUGGCGUUGGAGGCGUUGGGGAGGAAGAACGUGGCAGGCCCGCCGCUGCUGCUCAACCUCGUACUGUACAUCUUCAUGCUCGGGUUCGCCAGCUCGGCACUGGACAGCUUCAUCGACGACCACCCAGGGCUGCGCGGCAACGACGCGACGCUCUACUUCGUGCAGUUCGCGGUGCUGGCGGCCGUCGUCGGCGUGGCGGCCAAGCUCGCGGCGGUCUACCACGCGCGCGCGUGGCGGCCCCAGGGCCUCGCGGCUGCGGCGCUGGCGUGCAAGGACAUGCGCGCCGGCGGGGAGCAGCGUGGGUGGCGGCUGCGCGCGCUGGAGGGUCUCACCGCGACGCUGGCCUUCACGUAGCUGCUGUACGUGCUGCUGCUCCACGCCGCCGUGGCCGGCGACCGCUGCGGCCCCGGGUGCCCCGCCGAGGACGACCAGCCGAGGGGUCCAUGCAACCUCAUGUGA